AGGGAGACUCCCCCCCUUCACUGGAGAACUGCUCUAAAACAGCUGAUCACAACGUUCACGCUCUGUGGUCACGAAGUACUCCACUAGCCCCCCCCCCCCCCAAAUUCACAACGGGUCGGGUCGUGGGUCAACAGGUUAUAUCAACAGGUCGGGUCCAGAUUUGACUUGAAGAUAAUUGCAUGUAACGGUCGGUUCGCGGUAGCUACUGAGCUGCGAGGGUUCGGGUGGGUGCAGAUUUGCAAAACUGGACCCAUGCAGGACUCUGCCCCAGAGGCUUUUAAGUUGAAGCUUAACCCUUGUGAAUCCCUUUUUAAAAACGUUACUUUGAAAACACUAACGACAAAAAUUUCCUCAUCUAAAAAUACUGUAAUAAAGAUAUUAUAGGCUAUGUUAAUAUUUUUGUUCCACUUUCAAUUACUUACAUAUUUUUAACCAAAUUCAGUGCUGAUCAUAAUUAUCAAAUGUUCAUUCAUUUUUAUUUUUGUCGCUAGGGAUUUGAAAGUCACUAUUUUGAUUACACAUACACUUAUUAAGAACAUGUUUCCAAAAAAACACAUCUUUACCAAAUGUCGUGCCAUAUUCUUAACACAAUCAGAAUGCUCGCAAAAUUAAACAGUGGCAUGGAUAAUACAUUUCCUUAGGGAGGCAUAAGGGUUAAUGUGCUUAUUUAAUUAAAUACUGCAUCACAGUAGGAUGUUAACAGAAUUUACUGUAAUUGACCCAAGGAUGGCAGAUUGCUUAAAGUUGCAUUGUAGUCUUACGAUAAGAGAUACAGUAAUUAAAUGAGAUUUUGUACUUUUGUAAUGUUUGUAUUUAGGAAAAUAUGUCAGUGAAAGAGGGAGAGAUGGACAGCACAGUAUCAAGAAACAGUGUUACAGCGCACCUACGGGUGAGGAAGACGAGGACACAAGUCAGGAUGACAGGGAAAUAAGUAACACACAGCCACAGUCUGAGAUAGACACAGAAGAGUCAGACCAACAAAGUACAGAGACAGCCACCGAAAUGACAACAACAAUGAACGGAAAGGGACAAACAGGCAAGGACAAGAAAGGGCCAGAAAAGGAUAAAAAACGAAAAAGGAACAAACGAAAAACAGGGACAGAGCCUGUGGGGAAAGAUGAAGAUAAGAAUGAUGAAGAAAAACAGUGUUACAGCGCACCUACGGGUGAGGAAGACGAGGACACAAGUCAGGAUGACAGGGAAAUAAGUAACGUACAGCCACAGUCUGAGAUAGACACAGAAGAGUCAGACCAACAAAGUACAGAGACAGCCACCGAAAUGACAACAACAAUGAACAGAAAGUGCAAAGCAGGGCCAAAAAAGUUCAAAAUUGCCAUGACAAGAAAACAAUGGAACAAAAUUAAACCUAAACAUGGCAAAAAAAAACUCCGUCCCCCCUGGACUGAUACAUUAUAUCAAGAAUUUUUGAAAAAUAAUCCAUGCUGCACACUUGCUUUCAAAUACCAGCAUGUUAAGACAAAUGAUAGCCGUAAAAAGAAUUCGCCAUUUUUCUGUGCCUCUGCAAAAUGCACAUUUAAUGGAUGCAACGCUGUCUACAGUUUCUCAAAAAAGAACAGGCCAAAAUCAACGGAUAAAAAAAUUAUUUUUAAAGUCAUGCGCAUUGGUGAAGUUAUACACCAUAAAAAUCAAAGGCGAUUUAGACCAGCAAAAUACACAAGAAGAGGAACAAUUUCCAAAGCCUUAACCAGUGGUGUCAGUAAUUAUUAUUACACUAUGUUAAGACAGACACCAGUAGAGGAAAUAAUGGCUGGUAACAUAAGCAGAAGCCUCACCAAAGACGUGUUAAAGAAAAUAUCCUCUGAAGUGAAGAAAAGUGCAAGGCUCCACGAUGACAUGAUGCUCAUGUUGACUCAAAAAAUAAUCAAAGAGAGCAGCAGUCAUGCAUCAUCAAAAGGCUAUCUUCAGCACCUACAAAUUGAUCCGUUUGCUGUACAUUUAUACACAGAUGCUGGAAUAAAGAUAUUGACUGAGCACUUGAAAAAGCCAAUACCUACGACUCUCUACCUUGAUGCCACAGGCAGCGUGAUACAGAAAAUUCCUGAUCAAAAUAAGCGGGUCUUGUAUUAUGCUUUGGUUUUGCCCGGAAUGGGUAAGGAUAAGCCUCCCUUGCCUGUCACAGAACUGAUCACCAACAGCCAUUCCAUUCCAUCUAUUUCCCAUUGGCUCAUGGAAUUUAAAAGAAAGUUGUCUUACAUAACAAAAAGAAAGAUAGCACAGGUUGAGACAGAUUAUAGUUGGGCUCUGAUAAACAGUGUGCUUCUGUCUUUUAACAGGGAAAAUAUGUCAGUGUACCUUGACAGAGCAUUUGAGAUAGUGUCUGGACAAACUGAACUGAUUCCUAACUUCACUGUGCUGCAUCUGUGCUCUGCUCAUAUCAUGAAGGCUGUGUCACAAGCAUUUGGGAAAAAAACUGUAGACAGAGGCACACAGGAAUAUGCAACAUUCUGUUUUGCGUACAUCCUGAACUGCACAAGUAUGCAGGAAGCCCUUAAUGUUUUUUAUCAUAUGUGUGUGCUUUUUGAUGCAGAGGAGUACACUUAUUCGGUGAAACAGAGCAAAAUGUACCUCGACAAGUGCAUUUUGCAAACUCGGGACUUGAAACUGGAGGAAAGUGGACAUGUAAUGGGAGAGGAGGAAAGCAAAAUGGAAACAAAUGCUCAUAGCAUUAUUGGAAAGUCCCCUUUUACACAAGCUUUUCAAGUCAGGCGGGACCAAGCAGAGUGUGACAUUCUCUCUGACGAUGCUGUUCAGGUAAAAAACCACUACCUCUGUCCUGGUGUCAUUGAUGCACUGUUCAAAAACUACAUGGGGAUCUUCCCAUUGUGGAGUGGUUUGUUGCUUGGGGAUCUGUCGCGACAUAGAAAAGGUACCUCAAAAAAAGAUGGAAGUCAUAAAACCAGGGAUACCAACUGCCAUGUUGAGCUCUGGUUUGGGUUGGUCAAACACUCCAUCCUUUUAAAAAAAAAGUACCUGAGACCAGCUGAGUUUGUCUCCAAAAUGUAUGCCUCAAUACAAGGAAGAUACGUAGAGCACAUUGAGCAACACAAUCUGCCAAUGCAUAUUCUGGACAAAAACUUUGGGCAUCCUAGCAGGCCAGAUGAUGACCACGAGGAACAGUGGAACAAGCGGGAAAGUUCUGCUGGUCACUCCAAGUCCAAGUCCAAGUACUUCAAUCCACCAAAAGCACUACCCAACCCCAAGAGCCCACCUGCCACAAAGGUGAAGAAAAGAAAAGUGGACCAACAGGAAAAAGAUGCACAGGGAAAUUUGACCUGGCUGUGGAAAAAAAAGGACACAGAGGUGGUCGUGGCAGUGCUCCCCUCACAGAUGAAAGGACGCAUCUUGCUUAUCCGCCACUGUGAGCUAUGCUCACUUCGACCCCACCAGUGGUUGACAGGGGAGGUAAUUGAAGGCGUGUUUCAUGUUGCUGCCGACAAAUUCGCCGUUCUGAACAAAAUUUACUUGCUAAAUCACUACACAGCAAGUGUCAUUUUGUUCGGGGACAGAACUCAGCUAAUAUCUCACAGUUUACCGAAGGUAAUGUGUGUGGUCUGUGUAUGUUUAUGUGUGUGGUGUGUUGUGUUUGUGCAUGGUGAUGCUGUAGGGGGAAGUAGGUGUGGAUUUGAUUUGUGGGCUCACACUCACACAUUAGGUACAUGGAGUGAAGGUCUUAAAUAGGAAAUUAGCUGAGAUUAUUUUACUUUAUCCUCUCUGAAACUAUACUCAUUAGUUAAAUCACCUGAUAAAUCUACUUACUAUUGAAUUCCCAUACCAACACUUGUUUUAAGCACAACAAAUGAAUGGCACAAGAACAUCAUUGUCAGACUAAUGUUGUUGUUAUUUUUACCUUAGCCUUCAAGUUUGUUUUAAUCCUUUAUUUGAUGCCAUUAUAGGUCAACUUUGACAACUAUGAAGCUGUCCUGUCCUUUGUACUUGUCAACAACAACCACUGGAAGUUGCUGGGAGUACUUCAGGGUGAGGAGGACACGCCACAGCAUAACAGACUGGGUGGAUGUUAAGUGGAAGGGAGGCGUUAUGGGCCACCCACUUCAAACGGAUGGAUGUAGCUGUGGUGUCGUUGUUGUGAAGAUGGCAAAGGCAGUCAUGGAGUCCUUCCCUCUGAUCCCGAAUGUGAAUUUCGAGUGUUCGAAGAAAUACAUGAAACGGGAGAGGAGAGAACUGGCUCUCGAAAUCCUUGAGGCAUCAGUCUUUGAUGAGCACACUUAUUGUGCUAUGUGUGCUGCCUUAAGGCCUCCAGGAUCUGGAUCUCCCAUCACAGACUGGGUUCAGUGUGAUGACUGUGAACGAUGGUACCAUGCCCAGUGCCUGGCAAUGGACAGCAGAGACUUUAAAAAGGCAGAGACAGGAUAUUGGAAUUGUCCUUUGUGCAAGUAAUACUUGAAAUGUGCUCAAUGAUGACGAUUAGUAAAACAUGUGUCCUGUGUAGCCUU